AUGAGUAGUGUGCCUGCAUGGAAACGGUUGGGAUUGAAAGUGAAGUCUGUGGUGAAGAACGAUCCGCUUGCUGUGGCUGCGAGAGGUGACGAUGUAGUUGAGAAACUAUCACAGCAGAAGAAGGAAAAAAAGCAGAGCAAAGAAGAAGACAAGAGUUCCAAAGAAAAGGUUGCUAGUAAAAAGAGAAAAGCUGAAGACAGUGGAAGUGAAGGUAAAAAGAAGCCUCCAAAGCGUGUCAAGGUUCCUAAAAGUGAACGUCCGGUCAAUAAUGUCAUCAAGGACCAGUUGCACUAUAUGAGACAAUUCAGCCAGGAUCGUGAAUCUUGGAAGUUCUCCAAGCAAAAACAAAACUGGAUUAUUAAGAAUAUCAGAAAUAUACCAGAAGAUUAUGAAGAGGAUAUGGUGGCAUAUCUGAAAAGUAUCCAAGGAGGUUCCAGGGAGCGGGUUAUCCGUGAAAUGGAGAACGUGGUUUCAACCUGGAACGAACAAGUGAAAAUAGCCGAAGAAAAGCUUGCACAAGACCUUCAAGAGAACGAUGUAGCUCAGGAGGAAAAUGUGUCAAAAGACAACUCUGAUUCAGAAAAAACAAGCAAAAAAGAGAAAAAGAACAAAAAGGGAGACAAAUCACCUCAAAAGCUAACUGUGGCUACUGUCGAUUAUGAUUAUGCUGCCCGUGCACGUACAAUCGUCCAAGAGUUGGCCGAAAAGAAGUUACAACUCUUGGGAGUCGACUCUGUGGAUGAAGAAUCGCUAGAGAAGAGGCCAGCUAAGGUUAAUCUGGUUGAAGAAUAUGUAGAUGUAGAAUAG